AUGUUGGAGGAGGUGGAGACAGCAUCUCUGGCUAUCAAGUAUCUAAGAGAAGUAACACAUUCCACUACACAAGAAGAGCUUAAAGCUUCUCACAGAGAGGCCACUGGAGCUCCAGACACUCCAAAUUCCCUGGCUAAUUCCACCGUAGUCACGGCCUUUGUCACCGCCUAUGAAAUCCCUAAUCUACAGAACGCGGCAGCUGAAACAGACAUCACCAACCACAAGGCCUUGAGAACCAGCCAGAAGAACCUUGAGGGUAGAGGUAGCAGGUUCCUCCUUUAUCAGACACUUCCUGUCUGCUGCUGGAACACACCAACCUCCAUUUCCAACAAUCCAGAACCCAUUAAGGCACUGGAAACUCUACACGUUGUUUUCGUGAGCUGUGGAAAGGAGCACUCCCUGGCUGUUUGUCACAAAGGAAGGGUCUUUGCAUGGGGAGCUGGUUCUGAAGGACAACUGGGGAUUGGAGAAUUUAAGGAAAUAAUUUUUACACUGACUCCUAUGAAAGAGAAGGGCAUGUAUCGAAUAAAAGUUGGUACAUUACAAGUUUCCUGUGGAGACCACCAUUCCCUGGCAUUAUCAGAAGAUGGCAAAGCGUUUUCAUGGGGAAAGAACAGCCACGGGCAGCUGGGCCUGGGGAAGGACUUUCCCUCCCAAGCCAGCCCGCAGCGGGUGAGGUCCCUGGAGGGGAUCCCGCUGGCUCAGGUGGCUGCAGGAGGGGCCCACAGCUUUGCCCUGUCUCUCUCUGGGACUUCAUUUGGCUGGGGAAGCAACAGUGCAGGGCAGCUGGCCCUCAGCGGGAAAGAUAUUCCAGUGCAAAGCUACAAGCCUCUUUCAGUUGGUCGGCUAAAGAGUCUAGAUGUGAUUUACAUCAGCUGUGGCUAUGAACACACUGCAGUGCUUACCCAGAAUGGGAAAGUGUUCACAUUUGGAGACAAUUGCUUUGGACAGCUGGGACACAGCCCCACUGCUAAGAAGAGUGGUCCACAAGAAGUGGAAAGAAUUGAUGGCCUAGUUUCACAGAUAGAUUGCGGAAGUUUCCACACCCUUGCGUAUGUCUACACCGCUCGUAGGGUGGUGUCUUUUGGUCAUGGAUCAAGUUGCACAAGCAGCUCACCUCAUCCGGAGGCCCAGACAGAAAACUCUGACAUUAGCUGCCUGAUUUCUGCUGAUGACCUUGUGGGUGUUCAAGUCAAACACAUUUUUGCUGGAACAUAUGCCAACUUUGUGACAACUUAUCAGGAUACUGGUUCCACAAAUGUUUCCAAGAAAACCUUGCCAGAAAUAAGCCGAAUGAACCAGUCCCGGGCAGAACAGUGGAUGGCAAUGACAAGUGGAAGUAAUGAACGUGAAGCGACUAAGAGUGAAAUUAGAAUGAUAUUUUCAUCUCCUGCUUGUCUGACUGCAAGUUUUUUAAAGAAAAGAGAAUCUGGAAAAAUGAAUUCCAUUGAUGUGGACUUACAAAUGGCAAAAGAUACCUUUGAGAAGUUAACACAAAAGCAAUGGAUUUCUUUCAUGAUAACUACAUGUCUCAGGGAUCAUCUGCUCGGAGCUCUUCCAUGCCGUUCUCCACACCAAGAAGCGUUGUCAGUUUUCCUUCUGCUCCCACAAUGUCCUGUGAUGCAUGAUCCUAGGAACUCGGAAAGUCUGGUGGUUCCCUUUGCACAGGCUGUUUGUAACAUGAGUGACCGAUCUUUACGAGUCCUGAAGCAGUGUUGGGCAUCUUUGCAAGAGUCUUCUCUCAACACAUUGGUCCAGAUGCUUAAAUCAGCCAUCAUUGCUCAAAUGAUUUAUUCGGGUGAAACACCUCAAAAUAACUGCAAUCUGAAACCUCUUCUAGAAAUGAUGAAAGAAGUGUACAAGGUAAACAAAGCUACUUGUCAACUACCAAAGAACACUUUCAUCAUAAAUGAACUCUCCACUAUGUUGAACUUUAUUGAAGAAAGAAGAAGAAUGUCCUAUAGAGAUAACAACCUGAUAACUGCAGGAAACUUCAGUCCCAUUAUUUUCAGUGAAUUUCCAUUUAUCUUUAAUUUGUUAUCCAAAAUUAAAUUAUGGCAAGCUGAUUCCGUUAAGAAAAUACUGGAGUCACGAAUUACACAUAUGUUUUCACCCGGAUUUUUACUUCGAGUCAGACGAAGUCACCUAGUUGAUGAUGCUCUGCAUCAAUUAAACCAAGCUGCAGUCACUGACCUUCGGAAGGAAUUGGUGAUUGAAUUUAUUAACGAAAUUUAUUCUGAGGGUUAUGGGGUAAAGUCCGAGUUCUUCUACAUCAUAUUUGAAGAGAUGACCAAGAAAGAAUAUGGAAUGUUCAUGUAUCCUGAAGAGGGUUCCUACAUGUGGUUUCCUAUAAAGCCUAAAAUUGAGAAGAAGAGAUAUUUCCUCUUUGGGAGGCUGUGUGGACUCUCCCUGUACCAUUUAAAUGUUGCGGAUAUUCCUUUCCCACUGGCUUUGUUUAAGAAACUUCUGGAACAAAAGCCAUCAUUGGAAGAUUUAAAAGAACUCAGUCCCCUUUUGGGAAAAACUGUAAACCUACUUUUGCCAACCCUGCAUCAAUUGAGCUAUCAGCCGUUAAAGUGUGUAUGCAUUUCUUGGAUAUCCUAUAAAUUCGCAAUAAUGGUAAUAUGGUUGAUUAUUAAAACUUUCAUUCAUGUUUGCUACCUGAAUAUAUUACAGCUACGAUGGGACCAACAUAAUGUUGAUUUAAUUCCAAAUGGGAUUUCUAUACUUGUGGAUCAAACCAACAAGACCGACUAUGUUUCUCAGUGUGUUGAUUACAUUUUCAACACUUCUGUAAAGGCAGUUUAUGAGGAAUUUCAGAGUGGAUUUUAUACAGUCUGUGACAAAGAGAUACUUAGACUUUUCCACCCUGAAGAACUAAGGACAGCAAUAAUUGGAAAUACUGAUUAUGACUGGAAACAAUUUGAAAAGAAUUCAGUAUAUGAGCCAGAAUACCAUGAAUCACAUCCUACUAUACAGAUGUUUUGGAAAGCUUUCCACGGAUUAACUUUGGAUGAAAAGAGACAAUUCCUCUUUUUUCUUACAGGAAAUGAUAGGCAGACUGCAAGAGGAUUACAAGAAAUGAGAAUCAGAUUUCGCUGUCCUGAAACUUUCAGUGAAAGAGAUUACCCAAGAGCACUCGUGUGUCAUAGUAUUCUGGACCUUCCUAGAUAUUCUACAAUGGAAAGACUGGAGGAAGCACUUCAAGAAGCCAUCAGAAGCAACCGUGGAUUUGUCACACAGAGAUAAUGACCUCUGGGAGUCUCAGUGAGGCCUCAGGUUCCCAGGUUCUCUCACUCUUCGAUUCAGAUGUUCUUCUUUAGUUCUAACUAGUAUAAAGGGUUGAUGAUUUUAAUUAGAAUUAAUAAAUAAAUGUUAAGCAAAAAGUGAUGAAUCAAGAUAACAUUUUUAAUGAAUCAACAUUUUCUGAUCCCUAAACUUGCUAUCCUAAUUCUUGCCUUUUAGUGAAUUAUUUCCUGAACAAUAAUUACCAUUUAAAAAUAAGGUGAAUAGUAAAAGCUAAGAGCUGAUUUUUAAAAUAUUGUGCAUCUAACAAACACUGCCUGCAAAUAUGAA